AUGAGGGGACUUCAAGAAGCAACCGCGAAGCUUGCAACCUUCUUGGAAGAGCUAAACAAGGUUGAAUCGGAUGGCACCAUUCAGGAUUUAAUCUUGCUUCUAAAAAAGAAUGACUACAUUAUGCUGCUUCCGGGUGUGACCCCUGCCUACGCCCUACGUACUCGGGCGUGGAUCAAAGUCGAACUCGAAAACAUCCAGCCGAUCACAGAGGUGGCUCAAUGGGAUGACCUCAUCCUCCCAAAGAGUCAUAAAAAGAUGGUCCGAGCAAUGGUUGAGGCGUACACGACAAAGGGUCAUGUAUAUGACACGGACUCCAGGUUUGAGGCCGACUUGGUUCAUGGAAGUGGAUGUAUCAUCCUCCUGCACGAGUGCGUUGCUGCUUAUGCCAAACGCCCGUUGUUUCCCAUCACUUGUGGCGACAUUGGCUACAAGCCCGAGGAUGUUGAGCGCAACCUCGAGGAACUUUUUGGCCUUGCCCACAGAUGGGGCUGCGUUCUCCUCCUUAACGAGGCAGACGUUUUUCUGGCAAAGCGAAGCAAAGAUAAUUUGGAGCGCAACGCUAUUGUCUCUGUAUUCUUGCGCAUCUUGGAAUACCAUCCAGGCCUCCUGUUCAUCACAACCAAUCAAGUUGGUGUCAUUGAUGAUGCUUUUCGUUCCCGACUUCACUUGAUGCUGUACUAUCCGCCUUUAAGCAGCAAGCAGUCCUACAAAAUUUGGGAAACGAAUCUCCAGCGACUCCAAGCGCAGAGCGAAGCACGAAUCAAGAACGGAAUGCCACGUCUCAUCAUUCGAAAGAAAAGCAUUCUCUCAUUCGCCAAAACCAACUUCAAACAGCUAAACUGGAACGGCCGCCAGAUUCGCAAUGCCUUUCAGUCGGCAUUGGCGCUUGCGGUAUUCAACGCAAGCCACACCAAGAGCAAGAGGUCCAAUCCGGUUGUGAGCAAGAGGGAGUUUCGCACCGUUGGUGACUUUGUGAAACAAUUCGAGUCAUACCUCAAGGAGACACACCAAGGAGUAGGCGAGGCGAGCAUCGCUCUCGAGGACGAAGUCCGAGCAGACAUGGUUGACGGUCGCCAAGGCGGUCUCGAAAUAUCUGACACUGAGUAUUCAGAUUCUGAAUCUGAAGAUGAAUACCUUACCAAGUCGGGCAACAGCGAGGAGCAGGAUGAACCCAGUGCUAAGAAAUCUAGUUGUGGCAACGAUGACUCGGAGAAAGGGAAAUCGCCCAUGCGCAUGCACAAAUCCAAGGCGAAGAGUGAAAAGGAGGGGAAGGGGAAGGAGAAGGAGAAGGCGGGGAAGAAGGGGAAGGGGAAGAAGGGACAGAAGCGGUAG